UAAAUUACUUAGGUUUGAAUUGAAAUAAAUUUGAAGAUUGAGGCUUGAAACAAUUCAAGAGAUGUCUUCACCAAAAAAUACGGAAAUUGUUAGUGAUAAAGAUGACGGGGAAGCAAUGGCUUCUAUACAAUUAAUAGUAAAAGACACAAUUAAGUCGAUUGAUUUAGAAGAAAAUGCAAACACGAAUGUUGUAAACGACGAAGGGCUUUCCAGAGGUUUUGUAGAGGACGACGAAAACAGUUCUUCGAUUGAUAAAAACGUCGAAGAAAUGUUGCUUGCUGAUGCUAAUCAGAAUCCAGACAGUGACAAUCUCGACGAUGAAAUGGAGUUAAGGUGGGAUGACGAUGACCUGGACGAUGUAGAUGAAAUAAAGAAUGAGGAGACAUUGCUUGAAGAAAAUUCGUUAGAUUGCCCCAAACCUUAUACUUUAUCUUUGCAAGAGGAAGUCAUUAAAACUAUUGAAGCAGAAGAGAAGCUUCUGGAUUUAGAAAACGAUAAUGAAUCAAAAGAAUCACCCCCAGAUUCAAUAACAGAGAGCUUAUUUGCACCCAAAAUAGAUCACAAUUUAAACAAACCUGAUAUGAUGUUAGAAAUUCCGAGUCAUGAAUUGAUUGAAUUUAGUGACGAUGAUGAGGAUUUGACUAAUAAUCUGGAAAUGUCUCCUGACUUAGAAAGUGAUGAAGAAGUGUCUAAUUCAACUGAAGUACCGAUGCAGUCAACACAAGCUGAUAUUCAUACAGAUGGUGAGGUACAAAAAGAAGCAGAAGAAAAUGCAUUAAUUGAUAAAGAACUAAAAGAAACAAUGGAUUAUAAGGCAUUGGAGAAUGAAGCUAAAUUUGCAGCAGACAUUCUCACCAAAGAGCUUAAUGCUAUGGAUUCAGAAUCAAAUAUUAUCACAGACACUAAUACAGAUAUGACUGAAGAUUUUCUCUUAAAAGAAGACACAAUGGAAGAAGAUUGUCUUUUAAAAGAUGACAUAAUACAAGAAGAUUGUCUUUUAGAAGAAUCUACAGUCCAAGAAGAAAUCAUUGAUGAUGGUAACAGUGUAAACAGUGAAUCAGAUCUAAAUAAAGAUAAAGACCAAAAUAAAGCACCACUUGAGAUCCAAGGUAAUUCAGAUGCUAAGAAUACAGCCAAUGAAACAGAACUACAAGAUGAAGAUACACAAAGCACGGAAGAAGAUAUAACUGAUUUGUGUGAGGAUAUAUUGCUAGCACCUAGUGAUAAUUCUUCAGAUGCUAUGGAUUGUGUUACUGAUUCAGAAAUUAAAACAGCUUUUAAAUCUGAAGCUAUUGAUUCAACUAUUAAUACAAAAGACACCAAUAUUCUAGAAACAGAUUUACACACAAAUGUAAUAAAAGAUAAAACAACAAUGACAAUUGAAAAAAUAUCUAUAACAGAAACAGAUAUUGUGUCUGAAACUGUAGAACCAGAAACUGAUCAAAUAACAUCACUGUCUAGUUCAACUAAUGGAAAUAAAAAACCAGACACAGGCUUGACUGAUACUGUCCCAUCAAUUGAAGAUUCAAAAGAGGAAGAAAAAGCCAUAUUAGAUGAGAAAAUAACGUAUUUGGAGGAAACAAAUAAAAGUGAGGACGAAAAUACUGAGGUUACACACACAGAAGAUACAGAUAUAAAACAAAUUACUAAAGAUGAAGUACUCAAUCUUUUACAAUUAACAGUAUCAACAAAUGAAUGUUUAUCUACAUCGGAACCUAAUGUAGAUUUACAGGGAGAUAAACCUGAUCUACCUAUGUCAAAAACUUCUGAGAAAAACGAUGAAGAUGCACAAGUUGAAGUAAUCCCAGCACAGACAAUGGAUGUUGACGAACCGCAACCCUCAACAUCUUUCGCUUGCCCUGAAACAUCAAAAGGGACAAUCGAACAAUCGUCAAUGUUUGGCUCAUCUAUGGUACAAGAUACAUCCAAAGAUGUACCGGAAAUGACAGACAGUCUCGGACUUUUGGCUGAGUCAUGUAGGAUGAUGGAGGAAGAUGAGGAGCAGGAAUAUGAUGAUGAUGGUGAUGGGGAAGAUGAAGAUGAUUUUGACCAAGAUGAUGAAAGCAGCAAUCAAAUGACCGCAGAGCAUUCUGAAGAUUCAAACGCUCAGCAUUCGGAGUCUGAAGUGCAAAAAGAUCUGCAACCUGACUUUACUGCUGCUGACGUGACUUCGGAAGUUGAGAAAAAUGAUAAUAUGGAAAUUGAUGAUACUAAAACUACGGAUUUGCAGGAAACUAAUGGAAAUGAUGUUGAAUCGCAGUUAGAAAAUGAUGAUAAAAAACAAAACCAAGAGAUGGAUAUCGAAACGGUGAAACUGUCAGACACUUCAGAUGUGGAAAUCGAUUUGGAGAAUGGAGAGACUACUAUACUAAAAAAAUUAUUGUUAAAAACAACAGAUACACUUGUAUCGGAUGAUGUUGUAGAAGAGAAAAAAUCUCCGAGUAAAUCUAAAAAUUUGGAAAUAGUAAAACAGGAGACGUUUAUGAGUAUUGUUGACCUUGAAGAGAGCUCCUCGGAAGACGAUGUUAAAGAAAUGAAGGAAGAAACUGCAGCUAUACAUGAAGAAGACGCAACUAAAUCUGAUGAGUCCAGCAGUAAAACUGUUGACGCAAAUAUUGGAGUUAAAGAGGAAACUCUUGACGGUGGACUGAAAACGUCACCAUCAAAAACUGUGACACCAGAUAUAGUAGACGAUACGAAAACACCCCCCCUUGGAGAUUCAACCGUAGUUAGUCAAGAAAGCAAGCCGAAAGCGCCAAUGGGUUUAGAAGUUUUCACCCUAGAUUCCGAUGAAGAAGAACAAACCGUACCUCAAGAAGUUGCUGAGGGUUCCCAAGCAGAACAAAGUCAGGAUGUCAAAGAAGAGACGAAGAGCGAACCACUCAAAUGCAUCAACAGGUUAUGUCCGGGCGAAACUGGCGUUGAAUUCUAUAUAGCAGACAACGAAGCGAUUAACUUCUUCGACGCGGACAAGAAGAAGCGCGGCUACGUGUGCCAGAACUGCUCUGAUGCUGUGGAGAAACGCAACCAGGAACUGAUAGACGGUAUCAAGAAUUUCACUCCGCUCCUGGAACUGGGUAUCAACAAGAGUGGCGAGGAGUUGGUCGAGAUAUCAGACUCGGAGUCUGAGGAUGAACCCGAACUUGACCAGGAUCACAUGCAAAUCAUCGGAGUAGAAGGCGCCAAGAUAGCGGAGGAGAAGCUCGCGUUGAUGUUAAACGAGACGUGGGAGAAAUUCAAAAUGGACGAACGUUUGACGGACACGCAGAACACGUUGCAGAAAGAAAUGGAAAAACUGCAAAAGGAAAGCGAGGAAAUCGACGAACUCCUCAAUGAAUGUCAGGUAGCGACGGAUCAGCUCCGGAACGAGCUCUACGCGACCUUCGAGCCGGAUAUCCGGGAACUGCCGCCUUUUGUCAUAUACGAUAUGCCGAACUGCUCGUAUUCAUGCGUGGAACCCUCCCCAACGACAGAGCCGACACCUCUGAAACGACCUCGUUCGCCGUCCAAAGAGGUCCCGGCCAAGCGUCCCGCUAUACCGCUGGGGUAUGCGCCGUUAGAUGAAAAAAGUAGCGAGGAAUCGAAGAAUAUAACAGUGGCGAGCGAAAAAGCAGAGGACGAUAAUACGGACGUGUCCGUCGUAAAGUUGUCGGCGGAAUCGGCGCCAAAGGACCUCCCCCCGCCGGGAGAAAUCACGAUGACGCCCCUCAAAGCCGGCAUGGCAGUGUACGCCAUGAAGAACGCCUUCGGUUCCUGGCUCAAAGCGAAGAUCGUUGACAUAUUACCGAAGCCAGCUAAUUCAACGUUCACACUAUGUCGUGUUAAAUUUGAACACAAGGUGACGAAGAAUCUGUACAAGAUCUUGCCAGCGAGAUGUCUCGCGUACUACGAGCCGCCUGAUGUGCGAAUGACCAUUGGCCGUCGUGUUAUAGCACUUUUCAAGGACACGAAUAAGCGUGAGACUUAUUAUUCUGGAAUCGUAGCCGAAAUACCGAAUCCCGUUAAUUCUUAUCGCUACCUGAUCUUCUUCGACGACGGCUACGCGCAGUACGCCCAGCACGCACAGACGCGCCUCGUGUGCGAGUGCUCGUGCUUCGUGUGGGAGGAGGUGCACCCCUACUCGCGCGAGUUCGUGCGCCAGUACCUGUUCGCCUACCCCGAGCGACCCAUGGUGCGCCUGCACGCCGGCCAGAACCUCAAGACCGAGUGGAGGGGCAAGUGGUGGUCGUCGCGCGUGGUGCGCGUGGACGCGUCGCUGGUGGAGGUGCAGUUCCUGCGCCGCGACCGCCGCGAGUGGAUCUACCGCGGCUCCACCCGCCUGGCGCCGCUCUACCUCGAGCUGCAGGCGGCCGAGCGCCACCGCCCCCGCGCCGUGCCGCGCGCGCAGCCGCAGCCCCGGACGAACAUGCCGUACGUGGAGUACACGCGAUCGGAUGAGCAAACCGGCAAGGCCGAGCCGCAGUCUCCGCAGCAGCAGCAGCAGCGGCCGCAGCAACAGAAUGAGGAGAUGCGUCGUCAGCGUGCGGUCGCAAAAAAGUCGACCACCACCGUGCAGACACCGCUGCCGCCCAGCGCAGACAACCUCGACAACGUCACCAGCAGAGUGGUGUAUUACACGCCAAAGAACGCGGUGAAACCUUACAAAAUGGUACCGCAUACAUGCUCGCCGAAAUGCAAGAGGACAGACGUCCUGGCACUCAAGGAUCUCCGAACCUACAACCCUUUGGCGAAACCGCUGCUGAGCGGCUGGGAAAGGCAGGUGGUGCGCUGGAAGGGGCAGCGCUGCGUGCUGUACGUGUCGCCGUGCGGGCGCCGCACGCGCGACGUGCGCGAGCUGCACGCCUACCUGCGCGCCGUGCGCUCCGACAUGCCCGUCGACCUGUUCGACUUCUCGCCCGCCACGCACUGCCUGGCCGAGUUCGUGCUCAACAAGUGCUUCGUCGGCAAGAAGGACCUGUCGCACGGCAAGGAGAACGUGCCGGUCCCGUGCGUGAACUACUACGACGAGUCUCUGCCGGAGUUCUGCUCGUACAACACGGAGCGGACCCCCACGGCGGGCGUGCCGCUCAACCUCGACCCCGACUUCCUGUGCGGCUGCGACUGCGACGACGACUGCGAGGAUAAAACAAAGUGCGCUUGCUGGAAGAUGACUCUAGAAGGUGCUAGAACGAUCGGUCUGGAAGGCGAUAAUGUUGGCUACGUGUACAAGAGGCUGCCGGAGCCCUUGCCGUCGGGCAUUUAUGAAUGCAACUCCAGGUGUAAAUGUAAACACACGUGUCUAAAUCGCGUCGCGCAGCACCCGCUACAGCUUAAGUUACAGGUAUUCAAAACUCUGAACCGAGGAUGGGGUAUAAGAGCCCUCAACGACGUGCCCAAGGGGUCAUUCCUUUGCGUGUACGCGGGAAAUCUGCUCACAGAUGCGACGGCGAACUUGGACGGUCUCAACGAGGGGGACGAGUAUCUGGCCGAGUUGGACUACAUCGAGGUCGUGGAGCAGAUGAAAGAGGGCUACGAGGAAGAUAUACCGGAGAGCAUCAAGAAGCUCGAUAAGAAGGAACUAGAAUCAAAAGCCUCGGAAGAAACCGAGGAAGAUGAACAGUCUUCAGACGAAGAGACGAGUAACAACAAGACAGAUCUAGAAGACGACGACUUCGAGCCGGGGCAUAUUGGUCUCGGCCUCGCUGAGUUCAAUAAACGUUUACGAAAAAGGGAAUCCAAGAAAGAGAAAGAGAAGCAAAAAGAGGAGGCGAAUCAAAAGGAAGGCGAUAAAAAGGACAUAAAGGAAGAAAAGGAAGCGAAUCCAGAUGAGGAGUGCAUCACCAUCAGUGAUGAUGAAGAAGUGAGAGAGCCAUCGUGUUUCACGGCGGCCGCUGGUAUGGGUGCGAACGAAUUUGUAUCUAAAUACAGAUCAGUCCGUACGCUGUUCGGAGAAGACGAGGCGUGUUACAUCAUGGACGCGAAGGUUCAGGGCAACAUUGGGAGAUAUCUUAAUCACUCGUGCUCGCCGAACGUAUUCGUGCAGAACGUGUUCGUGGACACCCACGACCCGCGCUUCCCGUGGGUGGCGUUCUUCGCGCUCAGCCACAUCCGGGCCGGCACGGAGCUCACCUGGAACUACAACUACGACGUGGGCUCCGUGCCCGGCAAGGUGCUCUACUGCCACUGCGGGGCCAGCAAUUGUAGGGGGAGACUGCUGUAACUGACGAUUGUAUUGGUAAUGGUCUCAAUAGUAUUUUUAAACAUAAUAUGACAUUAGUUGUAAAACUGUAGAAUUUUUAUGGUAACGUAGUAUUGAAUAUUAGGAACUGAUUUAUGUCUAUAUAACUAAUUCUAAAUUCAUUCUAAGUUAUAAAAAACGUGUUAGAAGUUAAGUGGAACCGAAAUAUAUUGGUGUGGAGUGUGAUUUACCGAAACGAACUCAGUAAUUACCGGUUUUUAUCAAUCAUAAAGCCGAUAUAGAGCCGAGAUGGCCCAGUGGCUAGAACGCG